AUGACUUCCGAAGCCCAAAUAGACAGUUUCCAAAAAGCGAACCCUGAGGUAAAGCUGCUCAUUCCCACGUCGCCAGAAUGGAAGGAUCGUCGGGCUACGAGAGGACAAGCCGGGCAAGAGACAAAGCCUUUGGGCAUCGCUAUACCUACUAAUGCUCAGCAAGUGGCUGGUAUCGUCCGUUGGGCGGUCAAGAAUGAAAUCGAUUUCACCGUUCGCACUGGCGGUAACGAUUUCUAUGGCAGGAAUGCGGCAGAUGGUGCUCUAAUUAUUGAUAUGCGAGAUAUCAAUUCUAUCAAUGUGGCAGAUGAUAAAACAACAGCCACGAUCGGCGGCGGUGUCCUUGCAAAGGACAUGCUGCUCAAGUUUGAUAAGUACAAUCUCACCGCUCCUCUUGGAAACGCCUUAGAAAUUGGCUACGUGGGGUGGUCAACGAUUGGCGGUUAUGGACCAUUCACUGGAGCCUUGGGGAUGGGCUUUGAAGGAAUUGUCGGAGCGGAGAUUGUCAACCACGAGGGAGAAAUUGUGAAAGCCACCGGUGAAAUACUAGAAGGUUUGCGAGGCAUGGGUGGCAACCUCGGCAUUGUCACAUCGUUGACAAUCAAGGUCUACCCAAAGAGAGAGAUCCUCAUUGGAAUGUUAAUGUUUGAUGACAGCCCGGAAACAAUCAAGGCUAUUAUUUCCGCGGAGGAGAAGCUCACUUUCCCCAAGGAUCUAAACAUCCAUCACUUCCUUAUCCAAACGCAGCAGCGAAUGCUUGCUAUCAUGUUCAGCUGGGGUGGUUCAGAUGUGGAGGAAGGCAAAAAGUAUUUGGAGACAUUCACGGCAGCCUUGCCGCCGGCCAAGAUGAAUACUGUCCAGCAGAAGUCUCUCCUGGGGCAUUAUGAGAGCUUGCAAAUACCAUGCCUACCAUAUGGCGGCCAGAGAUCGAUAUACAUCAAGGAGCUCUCUCCCGGGAUAUUCGACAUCCUUAUGGAGGCUGUCAAGAUUAUGCCUGCAUUUGUCAACAUUGGUUGGUCAAUGAAGACUGUUAUCGACCAGGAAGCAACGGUACCAAAUUGCUUUGGCGCAGGCUCUCACAUUUUGCUCUCGUUCACGGAUAUGGUACCCGAGGAGAAAUAUCUUGCCGAGACAAGGAAGUGGAACGACUGGUUGUAUGAAAAGAUUCGCUCUUCCGGGGAUCCCGCUGUCAUGGAGGGGUCCUAUCCCGCCCUGACGAGGCCAGAAGACAGAACUGCCGAACAACUAUUUGGGGAUAAAUGGCCUCGAGCCAAGGAGCUGAAGGAGAAAUUUGACCCUAACAAUGUUUUCAAAUAUGCCUUCCCAAAAUUCUAG